AUGCCGACCAUCGUUGAUCUUGACGUGGAAACUCUCUUGUCCAUCCUGCUUGAGCUUGACAUACGCGACUUACUGGUCUGCAAAAGGGUUAGCAAGGAUUUCCGAGACCUCGUCGGCUCCAGCCCGGUGCAGUACAAGUUUCAACUAGUCUGGGCCGCAGCCGUCGACGGGGCAAAGCGCGGCCUCGGCUCGAAGGAUAGGCUACAGGCUCUCAAGGAGUACCAGUUCGCAUGGCGCACCUUCCAGCUUCCGAUCAGUAUGACAUUUUCAAAAUUCGUCAGUUUCACGCCACCAAAGGAUCCCUUCCGCCUCCUCAAGUUCAGCGGCCCUUUCGUCGCUAUGCACGUCGGAUCCAAUCUGAAAAUAUACCGCCUGGCGUCUGCGAAGCGCCGCGUUCCGGGGAUGACUUGGUCUACGCAGCUUGCUAGUCUCGGUCAAAAACCACUGUUGGGCGCGAGCGACCAGAGGGAGAAUGUCGUAGCGAUCUGCGGAGCGACGAUCGGAAACGAAGACGUGUUCCGUUGCAACUUUUUGACCCUCCUUCCUGACGGGUCGAUACGUCCCCAUCCCCUUGCAACACGGGCCGCACUGGGGAUUGAACCCACAAUCGGUUCCCCGGGAGACGUCAUACAGGCGGACAUGCUUGGUGAUAUCCUAGUAUUAGCGGUCCGCGGACAAGUAUUCAGCUCCUUGUACGUCCUGGACUGGAAGACGAGCAUCAUCCUACUACACAUGAGGUGCACCGGCCCGUCCUCCAUUUUCGCCCACUUCCUGGACAGAAACCUGCUUCUCAUAGGCUACCAAGACAACGUGUAUAUUCACGCCAUCGACACCACGCGCGGCCCGAAUCGCAGCACCAUUCCUUUGUGUUUCUUACGGCCUCCGCAAGGUGGCUUCUACAUCGAGGGCAUCCCUUCUCAGCCAGCAUCGUCGCCGACGGACGAGGACGGCCUAUUCCAUUCCGACCCCAACGCUGCCCUGCUCGUACUGCACUUCAGCUGUCCGUUCAGGUACCGCGGACAGACCGACUACGUCUUCUGCAUCCCGCGCGCGGCUCUGCUCGCAAACAUCGGCUUCUCACCCGCGACCGCGACAUCCCCUGCGGCGGUACGCUCUCCCGCCCCGCAGUGGGAGGACUGGUCGCGCGGCGGCGAGCUCCUCUUCUGCAUGGGCAUCAUGCAGACGACGCGCCCGGACAUCUCCGUCUCCGCCUUCGGCUCGCGCGUCGCCAUCGUCUUCAACAUGCAGCGCGCAGGCGGGCCGCCCCGCAUGUCGCAGAGCACCGUGUACGCCUUCGAGAUGCACCGCUGGGCGUGGGCGCGCGACGGGAUAGAGACGCGCGCGCCCGGGACGGUGCUGCACGUCUUUGACUUCAGGGUCUUGCCGGACUGGGGGAUCGUGCGACCGCGGGACCCGCUCCCGUACGGGAUCUACAAGCAGGACGUCGUGUACGUGGACGACGGGCGCCGGUCGCACAAGAAGUUCGUGCUGUUGCUGGAGGACACGGUGGCACUGGUGCGCGAGGAUUUGCUCGAGGUGGGCGGCGUACCUACGACAACACAUUGUUACAUGUCCCGCACCUGA